UUUUUUAUCGCGCGUCAGUUGAAUGUUGCUUAAUCGCAUAUUCGUUUGAAUAGAAAUUACGUGAAGCCUUGGUUCACAUGAUACGGUGUGUUCCUUUUGAUACGUCGCGAAUGCGUAGCCGAACAUCGAGUUUGACAAGAAGUAAAUAGCUACAUAUAGAGCUAGUGUUGUGUUAGCUUCCAAAGCAAUCAGGCGCAGAAUACAGUUGCUCUGCUCCAUUCUUUCUCUAUAUCAUUUUUUUGUUUAUUUUUGUUUUCCUUAUCUUGAUUUUGUAUCAGGAACAAUUGUGAUUUAAAUUUCUGUUGUUACUCGUUACAUUCAUUUUAAAAUCCAAGCAGAAUCGCAUUUGAGCACCAUCGUUGUGUUUUUUUUUCAAGCUUUAAUUAUUAUAUCAUUGAAUUUUGGCAUAAAUUACUCCCUUCUCUUUGCUGUGUGUCUUUCGAAUCACUUUCGAAUCAUACUCACUAAAGAAUUAUAGGAGCGAAAAAAGCACCAGAGUGUUUUUUUUAUUCAAUUGAACUUGAAAAUAAGAACAACAUUUGCUAAGGCGAAUCGAGCAUAUCAUUUUUUUAAGUCACUAGACGAACGCUUUUGAAUCCAGUGAAGGAGUUUGACACUUGAUAUACGCUUGUGCAGGCACACUUGUUGUUUUUUCUAUUCGUUAGUUCUAUUGGCUUAAGAGAGGCAAAAAAAUGUCUGGUGAAUAUCGUACUGAAAGUGAUACUUUUGGUGAAUUAAAAGUACCCGCCGAUAAGUACUAUGGCGCGCAAACGAUGCGUUCAAAAAUCAACUUUCCGGUUGGUGGCGAUCGGGAGCGUAUGCCGAAGCCGGUCAUCGUUGCGAUGGGCGUUUUGAAGAAGGCUGCCGCUGAGGUGAACAAGGAAUUUGGACUCGAUAUAAAGGUCGCCGAUGCCAUUUCAAAGGCAUGUGACGAUGUCAUUUCGGGCGAACUGUAUGAUAACCAUUUCCCAUUGGUUAUUUGGCAAACUGGAUCUGGUACUCAAACCAACAUGAAUUGCAAUGAGGUCAUUAGUAACCGUGCCAUUGAAUUAUUGGGUGGGAAAUUGGGAAGCAAAACGCCCGUUCAUCCCAACGAUCAUGUAAACAAAUCUCAAAGUUCAAACGAUACCUUCCCAACUGCUUCGCAUAUCUCGGUUGCCGUUGAGUUGAACAAUACGUUGAAGCCAGCUUUGAAGAUUUUGCACGAUGCUCUCGAUGCAAAGGCAAAAGAGUUCAAAGACAUCAUUAAAAUUGGCCGUACGCACACAAUGGAUGCAGUUCCGUUGACAUUGGGCCAAGAAUUCAGCGGAUAUGCUCAACAAAUUAAGUAUGCCAUUGAUCGUGUUGACAGCGUAUUGCCACGCAUUUACGAAUUGGCAAUUGGCGGUACUGCUGUUGGAACUGGCUUGAAUACUCGUAUCGGAUUCGCCGAGAAAAUGGCUGCCAAAAUUGCACAACUCACGAAAUUGCCAUUUGUCAGUGCACCCAACAAGUUUGAAGCGUUGGCCGCUCGUGAUGCAUUGGUUGAGGUUUCCGGCUGUUUGAAUACGAUUGCCGUGAGUCUCAUGAAAAUCGGAAACGACAUUCGAUUCUUGGGCUCUGGGCCGCGAUGUGGUUUGGGCGAAUUGAGUUUGCCAGAAAAUGAGCCGGGUAGCUCAAUUAUGCCGGGCAAAGUGAAUCCAACGCAAUGCGAAUCAUUGACCAUGUUGUCAGCACAAGUUAUGGGAAACCAUGUGGCUGUUACAAUCGGUGGAGCCAACGGACAUUUUGAACUUAACGUCUUCAAACCAUUGAUCGUCUCGAAUGUUUUGAGAUCAAUCAGAUUGAUUGCUGAUGGAUCCAAGAACUUUACAAGCAACUGUGUGUCAGGUAUUGAAGCUAAUCGUGACAAUAUUGCUAGGAUUAUGAAUGAAUCGUUGAUGUUGGUGACAGCACUUAAUCCACACAUUGGCUACGAUAAAGCAGCUAAAAUCGCCAAAACUGCCCACAAAGAAGGAACCACUCUCAAGGAGUCGGCGAUUAAAUUGGGAUAUUUAACCGAAGAGCAAUUCAAAGAAUGGGUUCGACCAGAAGAUAUGUUAGGUCCAAAAUAAGUCAAUUCCAUCUGAAGAGUAAUAAGCAUUCAUUAUGUAAUGCAGAAAAUUUCUAUUCAAAAUUACAGCAUCAAAUGUAUAAUUUCUUCAUGUUUUUUAAUGCAAUAAACAAGUCGAGUUUCUGUUGAUUAAUUUAAUCAAA